AUGACUGAUAUGACAAGCGAGGACACCCGUCCAUAUUGGCAUCCUUCACGAUGGAUGUCGAAUGUGUUUGUGCAAAUCGUCAUGUUCCAACUCACUAUGAAGUUCAUCUUGAAUCGCACUGUAUACAUGGAAUCUCAGUCGGAAUCAAAAAUAGCGAAUUUAACCAAUUUUUUCAAACCUAGAACUGCUUUUGACCUGUAUGGAUAUAUUUCUCCCUUUGAUACUAAGGAUAUUAACAUUCUAGAUACUCAUGGCACUCUAGUGUAUUCGUUGGAGAAUCAAAUAUAUUCGCACAAGUACGGCCAGUCAUAUGAGAAAAUUGAAACGUUAUUUGUGCCGGCAGAAUACACCAGAGAACUUGAUUUUAACCCCUUCUUUGUCGUGGUCAUGAUCCCUCAUUUUUCUUAUAUGCAGAAACACAAUAACCCCGCAAAAAGCAUAUUUGUUGAGGGUAAAGAGGGGAGAUAUAUUGCAAAGUCCAUUCCUUUGACAGUAUCUGGUGAUUUUGUCAAACAUCUGAAAGUGGAAGAGCCACAAAAAAAACUCUUGUUGGAUGCAAAUGAUUCUGUUGGAGAUAGUUUAAAGCCUGAGCCCAUAAAAUACUGGGUUCCCCGUGUCGAUAUAAACUUGGUUUAUGAAACAAAUAUAUAUAGACCCAGCACAUUCAAUUACGCAUUACAGGGCUAUUCGGUGGAUUUGGAACAGGGAGUGUACGAUCCAAGGUUAUCCCUUUCACGAUUUUGGAAUCUUGCCGACAAUUAUAUUCCGGUUGAUGGUGAAAAGAUGGGUUUGGGAUUCCAGUUGACAAUCAAUUUUGCCCAUUGUACCACAUUUUAUGGAAUUGCAAUUGAUCAAUUCGGAGCUGUUCAGCAUAUGAGCGCUCAAAAUGGCACAGUUGGAGUCAAGGAGACUGAAAUGCUAAAGAAAAUUUUACUCACUACAAAUUUCUACAUGUUGGUGUUUUCAAUUCUUUUCAUAUUUACCCACACUAUAUUCUCAUUUUUUGCCCUCAAAAAUGAUAUGCAAUUUUGGUACAACAACGAGUCGAUGGAGGGAUUAUCCGCUAUGUCUCUGUGGUUCAAUUUUGCAUGUGAGAUAAUUAUUGGUCUGUAUGUAUUGGACUCUGAGGAGACAUCUAGGCUGGUUUUAUUUGAAAUCUUCUUGGGGAUAGCGGCCAGCUUUUGGAAAGUGACAAAAUCUCUCAAAAUUACAUACCUGGAGCAAUACCCUUAUAUCAAAGUCACCAGUGCCCUCAGUUAUAAGGAAUCUAAGACUGAGGAGUAUGAUCGUAUUGCAAUUAAGUACAUGUCAAUGGCGUUAGCACCCUGUGUUGCGGGGUAUGCAAUAUAUUCGCUACUUUAUAAUACACACAAAUCAUGGUAUUCUUACUUCAUUCAAGUGGCUGCGGGGUCAGUUUACACAUUUGGAUUUAUCAUGCUAACUCCCCAGUUAUACAUAAAUUAUAAGCUGAAAUCAGUGGAUCAUUUACCUUGGAGGGCCCUAAUUUACAAAUCGCUUAACACAUUUGUGGAUGACGUUGCAUCGUUUUUAAUUGACAUGCCUUGGAUGCAUCGCCUUUCGUGCUUUAGGGAUGAUAUUAUAUUUAUAAUCUACCUGUACCAGCGCUGGAUUUACAAGACAGAUAAAACUAGGUCUGGGAAAGUUGAUUAG